AUGGGUAAUAUUUAUGAGGCUGUUUUAAAUGAAGCAGUGGGUGCACUCAUGUACCACACCAUCACCCUGAUGAGGGAGGACCUGGAAAAGUUCAAAGCACUUCGUAUAAUCGUCCGCGUUGGGAGCGGCUUUGAUAAUAUCGACAUAAAGUCCGCUGGAGACUUAGGAAUAGCAGUCUGCAACAUGCCAGCAGCUUCAGUCGAGGAGACGGCAGACUCCACCAUGUGUCACAUCCUAAACCUGUACCGACGCACCACCUGGCUGCACCAGGCUCUCCGGGAGGGCACGCGGGUCCAGAGUGUGGAACAGAUCCGGGAGGUUGCGUCUGGGGCGGCCCGGAUCAGAGGAGAGACGCUGGGGAUCAUUGGUCUAGGUGUGUUGUCUCGCAUAGCCAGAUUUUGACUCUCGACAUGAUUCACUUCGCUGUGUAUUCUGGCCAAG